AUGUCUCAAGCGCCUGGCUAUGGUUGGUGCAUGGAUGCGUCGGGACAGGCUGGUUUCCCGGGUCCUGCACCAGGUCCUGGUUUCAACCAACAACCGUGUUUCCCGGUUGGACAAACCUUUUACCCAAACACGAACCAGCCACCAAAUCGGUUUAUCGAUCCACCCAAUAUGACUCCAGGUUUCGGAUGGCAACAGGGACCAGGAUUCACCCCAAACAUGGGUUUUGGCGGUUUUAAUUCCGCACCAAUGCACCCAGGUCCAAGCGGCCCACCUCCUGGUGCGUACGGUUUCGGGUUUUCCGCCCCUCCGGUUCAACCUAUGGCACCAUCACCACCAGGCCCAUCUGCACCUGCACCGGAGCCCAAAUCACCAUCAAGACCAUCAGCACCUCCUUCAACACCAGUUGCAAACCCGACCCAACCUGUGACGCAGAGAAGGUCACCCGUUCCAGGUAGUUAUGACUUCCGCCCGUCUUUUGAGAGACAAACACCGACAGACUCUGGUUCAAAAGUAAUUAACAUUACUUCGGACCCUAAACCGGAACGGCCACCACCUCCGAAAGUUGUGCCUGCUGCGAACCCCACUCCCAAAUCCAGUUCAAGUGAGUACCACGGUGUUUAA